AUGGAACUGGACACAAUUGAAUUUUCCCGCCAUGGUAGCCAAGCAACCUCGGGCCAAGCUUUUAGACUUACAGGACAGGCUAGAAGACUGGAGUACGAGAGACUCACAGGACAGGCUAGAAGACUGGAGUAUGAGAGACUUACAGGACAGGCUAGAAGACUGGAGAACGAGAGACUUACAGGACAGGCUAGAAGACUGGAGAACGAGAGACUUACAUGUGAGGCUAGAAGACUGGAGUAUGAGAGACUUACAGGACAGGCUAGAAGACUGGAGUACGAGAGACUUACAGGUGAGGCUAGAAGACUGGAGAACGAGAGACUUACAUGUGAGGCUAGAAGACUGGAGUAUGAGAGACUUACAGGACAGGCUAGAAGACUGGAGUAUGAGAGACUUACAGGACAGGCUAGAAGACUGGAGUAUGAGAGACUUACAGGACUGGCUAGAAGACUGGAGUACGAGAGACUUACAGGACAGGCUAGAAGACUGGAGUAUGAGAGACUUACAGGACAGGCUAGAAGACUGGAGAACGAGAGACUUACAGGUGAGGCUAGAACACUGGAGUAUGAGAGACUUACAGGUGAGGCUAGAAGACUGGAGUAUGAGAGACUUACAGGACAGGCUAGAAGACUGGAGUACGAGAGACUUACAGGACAGGCUAGAAGACUGGAGAACGAGAGACUUACAGGACAGGCUAGAAGACUGGAGUACGAGAGACUUACAGGACAGGCUAGAAGACUGGAGUACGAGAGACUUACAGGACAGGCUAGAAGACUGGAGAACGAGAGACUUACAGGACAGGCUAGAAGACUGGAGAACGAGAGACUUACAGGACAGGCUAGAAGACUGGAGUACGAGAGACUUACAGGACAGGCUAGAAGACUGGAGAACGAGAGACUUACAGGUGAGGCUAGAAGACUGGAGUACGAGAGACUUACAGGUGAGGCUAGAAGACUGGAGUAUGAGAGACUUACAGGUGAGGCUAGAAGACUGGAGUAUGAGAGACUUACAGGACAGACUAGAAGACUGGAGUAUGAGAGACUUACAGGACAGACUAGAAGACUGGAGUAUGAGAGACUUACAGGACAGACUAGAAGACUGGAGUAUGAGAGACUUACAGGACAGACUAGAAGACUGGAGUAUGAGAGACUUACAGGUGAGGCUAGAAGACUGGAGUAUGAGAGACUUACAGGUGAGGCUGGAAGACUGGAGUAUGAGAGACUUACAGGUGAUCCUAGAAGACUGGAGUAUGAGAGACUUACAGGUGAGGCUAGAAGACUGGAGUAUGAGAGACUUACAGGUGAGGCUAGAAGACUGGAGUAUGAGAGACUUACAGGACAGGCUAGAAGACUGGAGAACGAGAGACUUACAGGACAGGCUAGAAGACUGGAGUAUGAGAGACUUACAGGACAGGCUAGAAGACUGGAGUAUGAGAGACUUACAGGACAGGCUAGAAGACUGGAGAACGAGAGACUUACAGGACAGGCUAGAAGACUGGAGUAUGAGAGACUUACAGGACAGGCUAGAAGACUGGAGUAUGAGAGACUUACAGGACAGGCUAGAAGACUGGAGAACGAGAGACUUACAGGACAGGCUAGAAGACUGGAGUAUGAGAGACUUACAGGACAGGCUAGAAGACUGGAGUAUGAGAGACUUACAGGACAGACUAGAAGACUGGAGUAUGAGAGACUUACAGGUGAGGCUAGAAGACUGGAGUAUGAGAGACUUACAGGACAGGCUAGAAGACGGGAGUAUGAGAGACUUACAGGUGAGGCUAGAAGACUGGAGAACGAGAGACUUACAGGACAGGCUAGAAGACUGGAGUAUGAGAGACUUACAGGACAGGCUAGAAGACUGGAGGAUGAGAGACUUACAGGUGAGGCUAGAAGACUGGAGUACGAGAGACUUACAGGACAGGCUAGAAGACUGGAGUAUGAGAGACUUACAGGACAGGCUAGAAGACUGGAGAACGAGAGACUUACAGGUGAGGCUAGAAGACUGGAGUAUGAGAGACUUACAGGUGAGGCUAGAAGACUGGAGUAUGAGAGACUUACAGGUGAGGCUAGAAGACUGGAGUACGAGAGACUUACAGGACAGGCUAGAAAACUGGAGUACGAGAGACUUACAGGACAGGCUAGAAGACUGGAGUACGAGAGACUUACAGGACAGACUAGAAGACUGGAGUACGAGAGACUUACAGGACAGGCUAGAAGACUGGAGUACGAGAGACUUACAGGACAGGCUAGAAGACUGGAGAACGAGAGACUUACAGGUGAGGCUAGAAGACUGGAGAACGAGAGACUUACAGGUGAGGCUAGAAGACUGGAGUACGAGAGACUUACAGGUGAGGCUAGAAGACUGGAGUAUGAGAGACUUACAGGUGAGGCUAGAAGACUGGAGUAUGAGAGACUUACAGGUGAGGCUAGAAGACUGGAGUAUGAGAGACUUACAGGUGAGGCUAGAGGACUGGAGUAUGAGAGACUUACAGGACAGACUAGAAGACUGGAGAAUGAGAGACUUACAGGACAGACUAGAAGACUGGAGUAUGAGAGACUUACAGGACAGACUAGAAGACUGGAGUAUGAGAGACUUACAGGUGAGGCUAGAAGACUGGAGUAUGAGAGACUUACAGGACAGGCUAGAAGACUGGAGAAUGAGAGACUUACAGGACAGGCUAGAAGACUGGAGUAUGAGAGACUUACAGGUGAGGCUAGAAGACUGGAGAACGAGAGACUUACAGGACAGGCUAGAAGACUGGAGUAUGAGAGACUUACAGGACAGGCUAGAAGACUGGAGAACGAGAGACUUACAGGACAGGCUAGAAGACUGGAGUAUGAGAGACUUACAGGACAGGCUAGAAGACUGGAGUAUGAGAGACUUACAGGACAGACUAGAAGACUGGAGUAUGAGAGACUUACAGGUGAGGCUAGAAGACUGGAGUAUGAGAGACUUACAGGACAGGCUAGAAGACUGGAGUAUGAGAGACUUACAGGUGAGGCUAGAAGACUGGAGAACGAGAGACUUACAGGACAGGCUAGAAGACUGGAGUAUGAGAGACUUACAGGACAGGCUAGAAGACUGGAGUAUGAGAGACUUACAGGUGAGGCUAGAAGACUGGAGUAUGAGAGACUUACAGGACAGGCUAGAAGACUGGAGUACGAGAGACUUACAGGACAGGCUAGAAGACUGGAGAACGAGAGACUUACAGGACAGGCUAGAAGACUGGAGUACGAGAGACUUACAGGACAGGCUAGAAGACUGGAGAACGAGAGACUUACAGGACAGGCUAGAAGACUGGAGUACGAGAGACUUACAGGACAGACUAGAAGACUGGAGUACGAGAGACUUACAGGACAGGCUAGAAGACUGGAGUACGAGAGACUUACAGGACAGGCUAGAAGACUGGAGUAUGAGAGACUUACAGGACAGACUAGAAGACUGGAGUAUGAGAGACUUACAGGACAGACUAGAAGACUGGAGUAUGAGAGACUUACAGGACAGACUAGAAGACUGGAGUAUGAGAGACUUACAGGUGAGGCUAGAAGACUGGAGUAUGAGAGACUUACAGGUGAGGCUAGAAGACUGGAGUAUGAGAGACUUACAGGUGAUCCUAGAAGACUGGAGUAUGAGAGACUUACAGGUGAGGCUAGAAGACUGGAGUAUGAGAGACUUACAGGUGAGGCUAGAAGACUGGAGUAUGAGAGACUUACAGGACAGGCUAGAAGACUGGAGAAUGAGAGACUUACAGGACAGGCUAGAAGACUGGAGUAUGAGAGACUUACAGGUGAGGCUAGAAGACUGGAGUAUGAGAGACUUACAGGUGAGGCUAGAAGACUGGAGUAUGAGAGACUUACAGGUGAGGCUAGAAGACUGGAGUAUGAGAGACUUACAGGUGAUCCUAGAAGACUGGAGUAUGAGAGACUUACAGGUGAGGCUAGAAGACUGGAGUAUGAGAGACUUACAGGACAGGCUAGAAGACUGGAGAAUGAGAGACUUACAGGACAGGCUAGAAGACUGGAGUAUGAGAGACUUACAGGUGAGGCUAGAAGACUGGAGUAUGAGAGACUUACAGGUGAGGCUAGAAGACUGGAGUAUGAGAGACUUACAGGUGAGGCUAGAAGACUGGAGUAUGAGAGACUUACAGGUGAGGCUAGAAGACUGGAGUAUGAGAGACUUACAGGUGAGGCUAGAAGACUGGAGUAUGAGAGACUUACAGGUGAGGCUAGAAGACUGGAGUAUGAGAGACUUACAGGUGAGGCUAGAAGACUGGAGUAUGAGACACUUACAGGUGAGGCUAGAAGACUGGAGUAUGAGGCCACACAACUAUUGAAAGGGCCCAUCAAGUGUGUGUAG